AUGGUUUUUAAUCGGUCUAAAAACGGAGGAUGGAUGAUGUCCUUCGCGGCUAUACUGUACGCGAUGUUUUUGGUGGCUCUGCCACUGUCUUCGCAGUCUCGUUCAUCUCAUGGGUUUGCCAGGGCCACCGAUGAUGUGGAUAACUAUGGGACCGUGAUUGGUAUUGAUUUGGGAACUACAUAUUCAUGCGUUGCUGUGAUGAAAAACGGCAAAACCGAAAUUCUUGCCAACGAGCAAGGUAACAGAAUCACACCUUCCUACGUGGCUUUCACCGACGAGGAAAGACUCAUCGGUGAUGCGGCUAAGAACCAGGUCGCUGCCAACCCUAGCAACACAAUCUUCGACAUCAAGAGACUAAUUGGUCUAACUUACCAAGACGAGUCCGUGCAGAAAGACCUGAAACAUCUUCCAUUCAAGGUGGUCAAUAAGAACAGCAAACCGGUUGUUCAAGUGACUGUGAAGGGCGAAGAGAAGCACUUCACUCCUGAAGAAAUAUCCGCCAUGAUUUUGGGCAAGAUGAAGCAAAUUGCCGAAGACUACCUUGGCAAGAAAGUGACCCACGCUGUUGUGACAGUUCCAGCUUACUUUAACGAUGCCCAGAGACAGGCCACUAAGGAUGCCGGUACGAUCGCGGGCCUCAACGUCUUGAGAAUUGUGAACGAGCCUACUGCUGCUGCUAUUGCCUACGGAUUGGAUAAAUCGAAGGAAGAACACCAAAUCAUCGUGUACGACUUGGGUGGUGGUACUUUUGACGUGUCCUUGCUAUCCAUUGAGGGCGGUGUCUUCGAAGUCCAGGCCACUGCUGGUGACACUCAUUUGGGUGGUGAAGAUUUCGACUACAAGUUGGUUCGUCACUUCAUUCAGUUGUUCAAGAAGAAGCAUGGUAUUGAUGUGACCAAAAAUCCUAAAGCUAUGGCUAAGUUGAAGAGAGAAGCUGAAAAGGCCAAGCGUUCUUUGUCUAGUCAAAUGUCUACCCGUGUGGAAAUCGACUCUUUCGCUGACGGCAUUGACUUCAGCGAGACUUUGACCAGGGCUAAGUUCGAAGAACUCAACUUGGCUAUGUUCAAGAAGACUUUGAAACCUGUGGAAAAGGUCUUGGCUGAUGCUGGUGUCAACAAGGAAGACAUUGAUGAUAUUGUCUUGGUCGGUGGAUCCACAAGAAUUCCAAAGGUACAAGCUUUGUUGGAAACUUAUUUCAACGGUAAGAAAGCUUCCAAGGGUAUUAAUCCAGACGAGGCUGUUGCCUAUGGUGCCGCUGUUCAAGCCGGUGUUUUGUCUGGUGAAGAAAGUGUCGAGGAUAUUGUUCUGUUGGAUGUUAACGCUUUGACUUUGGGUAUCGAAACCACUGGUGGUGUGAUGACUCCAUUGAUCAAGAGAAACACUGCUAUUCCAACCAAGAAAUCUCAGAUGUUCUCCACUGCUGUGGACAAUCAACCAACUGUCAUGAUUCAAGUUUACGAAGGUGAGAGAGCCAUGGCCAAAGACAACAACAGACUAGGUCAAUUCGAAUUGACCGGUCUCCCAUCGGCUCCAAGAGGUGUUCCACAGAUUGAAGUUACCUUCGCACUCGAUGCCAAUGGUAUUCUGAAGGUUUCUGCCACCGACAAGGGAACUGGCAAAACUGAAACUAUCACAAUUACCAACGAUAAAGGCAGAUUGAGUGCGGACCAAAUCGAAAAGAUGGUGGAAGAAGCUGAAAAGUUUGCAUCUGAAGACGCUGAAGUGAGAGCAAAGGUUGAGUCUCGCAACCAACUUGAAAACUAUGCCCAUUCUUUGAAGAACCAAGUCAACGGUGACUUAGCCGACAAAUUGGAGGAGGAAGACAAAGAGACUUUGUUGGACGCCGUUAACGAUGUCUUGGAAUGGAUGGAGGAUAACUCUGACGAUGCUGUGGCCGAAGACUUCAAGGAGAAGUUUGAGUCAUUGUCUCAGGUCGCGUACCCUAUCACUUCUAAAUUGUACGGUGGCGCUGGUGCUGCCGGUUCUGACGCGGAGGAAGAUGAAGACGAGGAGGACGACUACUUUGACCACGACGAAUUGUAA